AUGAAGAUAGAGGAAUUCUCUUUGGAAACUCAGUCAUUGAUCAAGUCAUUUUAUGAACAUAGCAGGGGCAGAUUCUGCCCUGGUAAAGUGCCUGUUGCCAGAAUAAAAAAUGGUACUGUCUGGGAUACGGAUGGAAACGAGUAUAUCGAAUUUUUGUCCUUUUUAACAGUUGUGAACAUGGGACAUGCUCAUCCUAAAAUCAUGGAAGCAUCUUGA